AUGGUGAACCACGCCGCGAUUAGGCCGGCUAAUGGGUUGGAUGGAAAUGGUGGCGCGAUCCCGCUGCUGACGCCGUACAGGCAGCAGGCCGGCGACGAGCAGCUCCUCCUCGAGCUGUCCCACCGGGUGGUGCUCUCGCCGAUGACGCGGUGCCGCUCCUACGGCAACGUGCCGCAGCCGCAGCACGCGGCGCUGUACUACUCGCAGCGCGCCACCAGCGGCGGCCUCCUCAUCACAGAGGCCACGGGCGUGUCCGCCACCGCGCAGGGCUACCCGUAGACCCCCGGCGUCUGGACGCGGGAGCAGGUCGAGGCGUGGAGGCCCAUCGUCGACGCCGUCCACCGCAAGGGCGCGCUCUUCAUCUGCCAGCUCUGGCACGUCGGCAGGGUCUCCACCAACGACUACCAGCCAAAUGGGCAGGCCCCGAUCUCGUGCUCCGAUAAGCAGAUCACGCCGGACGGAUCAGGCAUCGUGUACUCCAAGCCCAGGCGGCUGCGCGCCGACGAGAUCCCCCGGAUCGUCGACGACUUCAGGCUCGCCGCGCGCAACGCCAUCGAGGCCGGGUUCGACGGUGUGGAGAUCCACGGCGCCAACAGCUACUUCCUGGAGCAGUUCAUGAAGGACAGCUCCAACGACCGCGCCGACGAGUACGGCGGCAGCCUCGAGAACCGGUGCCGCUUCGCCGUCGAGGUGAUCGAUGCCGUCGUCGGCGAGGUCGGCACGGGCCGCGUCGGCGUCUGGCUGUCGCCGUUCCUGGACUUCAUGGACUACGUCGACUCCGACCUGGAGGCGCUCGGCGUGCACAUGGUGGCGCAGCUCAACAGGCACGGCGGCUCCCUCUACUGCCACAUGGUAGAGCCCCACAUGAGCAUCGUCGACGGCCGCCGGCGAAUCCAGCACGGCCUGCUGCCCUUCAGGAAGGCGUUCAGGGGCACCUUCAUCGUCGCCGGCGGGUAUGACCGGGAGGAAGGGAACAGGGCGGUGGAGAGUGGCUACGCCGACCUCAUCUCCUUCGGGAGGCUCUUCUUGGCGAACCCUGACUUGCCGAGGAGGUUCGAGCUCGACGCGCCAUUGAACAAGUAUGAUUGCAACACCUUCUACACGCAGGACCCCGUUGUCAGGUACAUGGACUACCCUUUUCUUGAGUAGAACAAGGCCGACUCUGUCGUCGUUGAUGCUUAG